AUGAUUAAGCCGGUUCAAUUAUCUGAAUAUAUACACGUACCACAACGACAUUUAUUAAUGGUUUGUUUAGCAAGUGGGAUUUUUGCUCGACACAAGAAACAUCGUGCUUUACUCUUUUGUACGGACCGUGCGGGUGUGGUAGCAGUUUCUCCGAUACUAUUGCCAUCUGACGAAACAAGCGGAUCAUCAACUAUCAUCAUCACAGAACUCGAGGAGCUCAAUGGCGGUGAAGGAGAUGAUGAUGUUGAAGGUUCGGUAUUAUUUGUGGACAUGGCAGUAACUUGA